AUGAGUUUUGUGGAGACAGAUGCUUGGCAGUGGAAUUUGAGUUCAGCUGGUUUGGACAGGCGGCAGUACACCAAGGCCGAGUUUGACAACCUGCUGGAGCGGUACGAGUGUCCUGACAGUAAGAAUAGAUGGGACUCGCCUCUUUUCAUGGUUCAAUCGGACGAGGAUAUUGAUUUUGACUCGAUCGCCAAGUGCCUCCUGGAGGGCAGAGCUGCCAAGGCGAACCAGUCCACAGUCAUGAUGAACAACCUGCCAAGUAAUGUGAUGUGCGACAUUGAAAAAAUUACAAAAGAAGUGACACAAAAAGUGCUCAGCCAAAAAGGGGGUCAGCAAAUCUUCACCAAGGGUGUUGUUCCUCAAGCAAAGCUGCUCAAAUCAAUACUUGGAAUUGUAAGCUGA